AUGAAAAGAAUCGACCACAUUGCGAGCCGGAUGGAGCCCAGUGACAAGAAAACUGUACAAGAAUCCCUCGAUAAUUCUGCAGAAGCACAUAUCUUCAUGGAGUUGACGAAUCCGGGAAGUCGGCCUUGUAUUUGGCGGUUGCUGAGCAGUUUCCGGGGAAGAAGUCCGUUGAUGGAAGCUGCAUUGUGGGGACGGUAUGAGAAUGUGAAACACCUUCUUGAUUUUGGAGCCGACAAAAACUUGGAAGACGGCGAGGGCUUCACUGCGAUGCAAUUGGCCGAGCCAUCCACUCGAAAUGGAGGUGAACGGUAUCGUCGCUGGGGGAGAGAAAUUCAAGUCUACAAAGAAAUUACAUACGUGGCCAACCAAGUACGGAGAAUGAUUGUCCACCUGCUGAGCGAUGCCACCGAAGACGUACCCUCUGUUCCGAAGAGCAACUAUGACCAUCACGUCUUCUGCCAAAAAGAGACUGUCAUUCGACUUUCUGCUCUUGUUGCUGCAUACCAGGUUCCAAACGAAUGGAAGACGAUUUCACGGCUUGAACGAGGGCACCCGUAUUUCUCGGUAUCGGCGAUGAGUGGCUGGUCUGACGCACCACAAGUCCCCGAGCCGCAGCUGGACGUCCGAAGUCAUGAGAAUCGAAAAGAUCGUCGGUCAUCCGCUUGUGUCUCACCCAAAAGACCAGGGCACGAGGGGACAAUACGAUUCCUGCCAUGCUGA